AUGAAUCAAACUCAUCUCGUCACUUCGUUUACUAUUCGUUCAAAUCAGCAACGGGAUCUCAUUAUAAAUCCGACGAAAGCUCACCACACAGAACUGAAGAUUCAGCAUACGAAUAUGUUACCUCUUUGCCAAAACGACGACGAUAACGCGGAGAUGGAUAUGAUCACUAGCCCACAUUCAAAUAAUUCCGAGACACAAAAUGUGCACUACGAAGCUCCAACGCGCAGUGCAACAGAUAGAGACCACGAGCCGGGCUUCUGGGCACGAAUGACCCAAACGAAUGGGUGGCUUACAGCAGAAAGAGAAUCGGUCAAGCCUGGAACCCUCUUGAAUGCCAUCGUUGAACAGGAGGUGGUGCGCGAACCGGUGUUAACCAAACAUUGGACUGGACUGCAGUUCUUUCAAGCCGUCGACUAG